AUGACCACCUUGUUCACGGUUCCCAUCAGCUCAACUGGUGGCUCCAUCGUCUGCACCAAUCCCACUCAAGACCAGCAGAAUGUCUACCUAUUGACAUUCACCUCGCCAAAAGAUAAUCGGUUGACUCCGACAUUCAUCGACGCGCUAAUUCUGACACUUGAUAUUAUUGAGCUUCGCUAUCCAAAAGGUGUCGUGGUAACGACAAGUGGUAUCGCCAAGUUCUACAGUAAUGGACUAGAUCUGGAACUUGCCAUGAGCACGGAGGGAUUCCUCGAUAAAUGGCUCUGGCGUCUUUUCCGACGAUUCUUAACAUACCCCAUGCCAACAGUGUGUCUACUCAACGGACACGCAUUUGCAGGCGGCUUCAUGUUGGCCAUGUACCACGACUACCGUAUUCAAAAUCCCGAGAAGGGAUUCCUGUGCGUUAAUGAGUUGGAGUUUGGCGUGCCACUGCAGACGCCUAUGAUGUCGAUAUUCCGGGAGAAGUUGGCCCCAACCACAUUCCGGAAUGUGGUCCUGGAGGCUCGUCGUUUUGGAGGGAGGGACUCAUUACAGGCUGGGAUUGUGGAUGGGGUGGGUGGAUUGAAUGAGGUUCUUGAGUUGAUUCGCGAUCGCAAACUUCUCAAUAAGGCUGCGACGGGUAUCUAUGGGACCAUGAAGGAGGAGAUGUACUCACGGGUGUUAAAUGGUCUGGAUGAUCAUGAUGGGAAUCUCUCGUGGCGGGAGAAAGUGGAGCUGAAAAAGGAUGAUGUUCAGAAGAGAGGUCUCCAGGCCGUGGAGGCAUGGGAAAUGAAUAAGGCGAAGCUUUGA